AUGGAGCUCUUGCUCAUCGUGGGCGUGCUGAUGGUCGCGGCGACUGUCAUGCUCGUCAAGUACGCGCGCAACCUGCAAGCGGAUGAUGACGCCAAUGCCGGCAAGGGCAAGCGCAAGGGCGCCAACAACAAGAAGAAGGCCCGCCGCGCCGCCCUUCUCCAGCAGGAAGCCCAGGCGCGCGCACAGCAACAGCAACAGCAGCAGCAGCAGAAGACCAAGUCGUCGCCCUCUUCCUCUUCCAGCACCAGCAAGAAGCCCAAGCUGAGCGAGGAAGAGCGCCAGCGCCGCCGUGAAGAGCGCGAGCGCCUGCUCCGCCAGCAAGAAAAGGCAUUCGAGGAGAAGCAGCGACGCGCUGCCCUCGCUGCACAACAGGAGCGCGAGCGCCAAGCUGCCCAGCUCGCCGCACAGCAGAAGAAGCACGCAAAGCAGAUGGCCGAAAAGCAGGCAGCCGAGAAGAAGAAGCGCGAGGAGAAAAUCAAGGCUGAGCGUCGGCAGCAGGAAGCCCUUCGCAAGCAGCGCGAGCAACGCCACAAGGAAGCUCUGAAGGAGGAGCAGCUGGCAAAGGAGCGCCGCGAGAAGGCGCAGCGUGAGCUUGAGCAGCAGCAACGCGCGGCAGAGGAGAAGCGCAAGGAGAAGGAGGCAAAGCGCGAGCAGAUGGAGCGCGAGCUGGUGGCGAAGGAGAUUGAGAGGAUGAAGGCGGCCAAGGAGCGCGCGGAGCGGCUGAAGGAGGAGCGCAAGCGCCGCGAAGAGAUGGAGCGCCAGAAGCAGGAGGAGCAGGCGCGCAAGCGCCGCGAGGAGAUGGAGAGGCGGUUCCGCGAGAUGGAGAAGAAGGCUGAGGAGGAGAAGCAGCGCAUGCGCGAGGAAGAGGAGAAGAAGCGCGCAGAGAAGAAGGAAAAGCAGGCCGCGGAGAAGAAGAAGAAGGAAGAGAAGCAACGCAAGGCAAAGGAGGCAGCCGAAAAGAAGGCGAAGGAGGAAGCAGAACGCAAGGCGAAGGAGGAGGCUGAGAAGGCUGAGGCUGAGCGCAAGGCAAAGGAGGAAGCUGAGAAGGCUGAGGCAGAGCGCAAGGCAAAGGAGGAGGCAGAGAAGGCCGAGGCUGAGCGCAAGGCAAAGGAGGAGGCAGAGAAGGCUGAGGCAGAGCGCAAGGCAAAGGAAGAGGCAGAGAAGGCUGAGGCCGAGAAGAAGGCAGAGAAGGCCGAGGCUGAGCGCAAGGCAAAGGAGGAGGCAGAGAAGGCUGAGGCAGAGCGCAAGGCAAAGGAAGAGGCAGAGAAGGCUGAGGCCGAGAAGAAGGCAAAGGAGGAGGCUGAGAAGGCUGAGGCAGAGCGCAAGGCAAAGGAGGAGGCUGAGAAGGCCGAGGCAGAGCGCAAGGCAAAGGAAGAAGCAGAGAAGGCGGCUGAGGCUGAGCGCAAGGCAAAGGAGGAGGCUGAGAAGGCUGAGGCAGAGCGCAAGGCAAAGGAAGAAGCAGAGAAGGCGGCUGAGGCUGAGCGCAAGGCAAAGGAGGAGGCUGAGAAGGCCGAGGCAGAGCGCAAGGCAAAGGAGGAGGCAGAGAAGGCCGAGGCAGAGCGCAAGGCAAAGGAAGAAGCAGAGAAGGCGGCUGAGGCUGAGCGCAAGGCAAAGGAGGAGGCAGAGAAGGCUGAGGCAGAGCGCAAGGCAAAGGAGGAGGCUGAGAAGGCUGAGGCAGAGCGCAAGGCAAAGGAGGAGGCAGAGAAGGCCGAGGCAGAGCGCAAGGCAAAGGAGGAGGCUGAGAAGGCUGAGGCAGAGCGCAAGGCAAAGGAAGAAGCAGACAAGGCUGAGGCCGAGGUAGCCCGAAAGCCCAUUGACCUGAUGUCCGUGCUGAGGAGCAUCAAGGAAGUGGAGGAGGACCUGAAGAACCCGAGCGGCCUGGCCAUGCAGCACCGCAGGUUGCCACGUCCAGACAAUGAACGCCUGCGCGAAAUCGUGAUGAACCCAGCCUUCAAGAGACGCAACCGUUACAGUGAUAUCGCGCCCUAUCCUGAGACUCGGGUGAAGCUGACCCCGGCACCGCACAACGACCACCUCGACUACAUCAACGCCAACCACGUUCCCGGCUACAACAACCUCAAGUACAUCUGCGCCCAGGGACCUCUCCAGCACACUGCUCACCACUUCUGGCAGAUGGUGUGGGAGCAGAAUGCCAACCUGGUGGUGAUGGUGACCAAGUUUGCUGAGCGCGGCCGCCGCAAGUGCGACGUGUAUCUGCCCACGCUCAUGCACCCGCGCAUGCGCGACCCAGACGAGAGCGACGAGGAGGAAGAGAGCGUGGAGAACUUUGGCCCUUACCGCGUGCGCCUUGUGGAGGAAACGGACAACGAGGCGUUCGUCAUGCGCAGCCUUGAACUGACCCACGAGGGCGAGACUCGCACAAUCUCGCACAUGCAGUUUGUCGAUUGGCCUGAUCACGGCCGCCCGGACACCGUGGAGUCGAUGAUCAACUUCAGGAACCUGAUGCGUCAGGAGAUGGAGGAGAUUGGGCUUGAGCGCCCCGUGGUUGUGCACUGCUCUGCCGGUGUCGGCCGCACGGGAACGCUGAUUGCGCUCGACACAAUGAUGGCAGCACUCGAUGCAGAUGAUCACGCCACGGCCACGGAGCUGUUUGACCUCAUCUCCAGCAUGCGCGAGCACCGCCUCAUCCUCGUCCAGAGCGCGGAGCAAUACGUGUUCCUGCACGAGUGCCUGCGCCACCUGUUGCGUGAGAAGGUUAAGGCCCUCAUGAGCAGCCAAUAAGGUGUCCUGGACGCGACACCGAUACGUUUGACGCGAAGCUUCCCAUUUGUCUUUGCUGUUUUUUCCUCGUCUCAUAUCAGCUAGCUGCAUGAGCUUUCCUUCUCUCUUCAAGCUAUUCUCCGCCUCCCCACCCACCACUUCUGUUUCACUGUUCCUCUGUUAGUUCUUCUUGUCCCCGUUCACAAGAUGCGCUCCCAGCUAUUGUGUGCCAUGAAGCUGCAUGCGUGUGCGCCAUCAAAAGCCGCCACCCGCCUUCAUUCGCUCACAACUACACCCACACACACACACGCACACACACACACACACUGUGUCUGUGGAAUGCUUGGAGCGGCUGUUAUUCAGUGUCUGCUGUUCUUUCCUCCCGCGUGCAGUUCCCCCCUCCCCUAACCCCCUGCUUGCUUCUCGUCACACUCUCCUCAAACAGUCUCUGUCCCACCACCUUCUUUCAAUCCACAACAUGUCUGUGUGCGUCCUGUUUUCGCUGUUUGUGUUGGGUCUGCUUUCUCCUCUUGACACUCGCGUCAAACACGACAUCAACAACACCAGCAGCAUCGCUGUUUGUUGUUUAUGAUUAAGACGUGACCUGCGAUGCGUGCGCUGUGGCGUGCUCUCGCAGCAAGUAGAUCACUCUUUUCGAGUCACACGAUGAAAACAAGCACGAAGGUGGGCAGAUACAACAGGGGCGUGCGGGGAGCUGCGCAACCCUCUCAGGGAAAGGGAGGAGGCAGCGAGAACCAUUGCAUGAACAACGUCAAUGUGGAGCGGACGAUACAGAAGUAAACGUUGAC